GCCCCCGAGCCCCCAUGGCCCUCAUCAUGGAGCCCGUCAGCAAGUGGUCACCGAGCCAGGUGGUCGACUGGAUGAAAGGUCUUGAUGAUUGUCUGCAGCAAUAUAUAAAGAACUUUGAGAGAGAGAAGAUUAGUGGUGACCAGCUAUUACGAAUUACUCAUCAGGAACUGGAAGAUCUUGGAGUCACACGAAUUGGCCAUCAGGAGCUUAUCUUGGAAGCAGUAGACUUGCUCUGUGCACUGAACUAUGGUUUGGAAACAGAAAAUCUAAAAACCCUUUCUCACAAACUGAAUGCAUCUGCCAAAAAUCUGCAGAACUUCAUUACCGGGAGGAGGAGGAGUGGUCACUAUGAUGGAAGGACCAGUCGCAAAUUACCAAAUGAUUUUCUGACGUCAGUAGUGGAUCUGAUUGGAGCAGCUAAAAGUCUUCUGGCUUGGUUGGACAGAUCACCUUUUGCUGCUGUCACAGAUUACUCAGUAACAAGAAAUAAUGUCAUACAACUCUGUCUGGAGCUAACAACAAUAGUACAACAGGAUUGCACAGUAUAUGAAACAGAGAACAAAAUUCUUCAUGUGUGUAAAACUCUCUCUGGCGUCUGUGAUCACAUUAUCUCCCUCUCCUCUGAUCCCCUGGUUUCCCAGUCUGCCCAUCUUGAAGUGAUCCAGCUUACAAACAUCAAGCCAAGUGAAGGGCUGGGUAUGUACAUUAAGUCAACAUAUGAUGGUCUUCAUGUAAUUACUGGAACAACAGAAAAUUCACCUGCAGAUCGGUGCAAGAAAAUCCAUGCUGGGGAUGAAGUGAUUCAAGUUAACCACCAAACUGUGGUGGGGUGGCAGUUGAAAAAUUUGGUGAAUGCACUACGAGAGGAUCCGAGUGGUGUUAUCUUAACUUUGAAAAAGCGACCUCAGAGCAUGCUUACCUCAGCACCAGCUUUACUGAAAAAUAUGAGAUGGAAGCCCCUUGCUCUGCAGCCUCUUAUUCCUAGAAGUCCUACAAGCAGUGUUGCUACUCCAUCCAGCACUAUCAGCACACCUACAAAAAGAGACAGCUCUGCCCUUCAGGAUCUCUAUAUACCCCCUCCUCCAACAGAACCUUAUGUUCCAAGGGAUGAAAAGGGAAAUCUCCCCUGUGACGAUGUUGGCAGACAUAUAGUGGGCAAACCAGUUCAUACAGGAUCUGAAUCUCCAAACUCGUUUCUGGACCAGGAGUAUCGGAAACGCUUUAAUGUGGUUGAAGAAGAUGCAGUUUUGUACUGCUAUGAAUAUGAGAAAGGAAGAACAAGUGGUCCUGGAAGGAGAGAGAGCACACCGACAUAUGGGAAGCUGAGGCCUAUUUCUAUGCCAGUAGAAUAUAACUGGGUGGGAGAUUAUGAAGAUCCCAAUAAAAUAAAAAGAGAUACUAGGAGAGAAAAUUCAUUGCUUCGCUAUAUGAGCAAUGAGAAAAUAGGUCAAGAAGACUACAUGUUUCAAAGGAAUAGCAAAAAGGAUACUGGGAAAAAGUCCAAAAAGAAGGGAGACAAGAGUAGUAGUCCAAGUCAUUACUCGCUGUUGCCUAGUUUACAAAUGGAGUCACUGAGACAGGAAGUCAUGGGCACACCUGGACCAGAAGCUUUGUACCAUACAUUUCAGCAGUCUUCUCUACAGCAGAAAAGUAAAAAGAAGAACAAAGCUCCUAUUCCUGGUAAAAGCAAAAGACGGAUCUCAUGUAAAGAUCUUGGUCGAGGGGACUGUGAAGGCUGGCUUUGGAAAAAGAAAGAUGCCAAGAGUUAUUUCUCCCAGAAAUGGAAAAAGUACUGGUUUGUCCUGAAGGACACAUCUCUGUAUUGGUAUAUCAAUGAAGAGGAUGAAAAAGCAGAAGGAUUCAUCAGUCUACCUGAAUUUAAAAUUGACAGAGCCAGUGAAUGCCGCAAGAAAUAUGCAUUCAAAGCCUGCCAUCCUAAGAUCAAAAGUUUUUAUUUUGCUGCUGAACAUCUAGAUGAUAUGAACAGGUGGCUCAACAGAAUUAACAUGCUUGCUGCUGGCUAUGCAGAAAGGGAGAGGAUCAAACAAGAGCAAGAUUACUGGAGCGAGAGUGACAAGGAGGAAGCUGACACUCCAUCCACGCCGAAGCAGGACAGCCCUCCACCCCCAUACGACACUUACCCACGGCCACCUUCGAUGAGCUGCACGAGCCCCUACGUGGAGCCCAAGCACAGCCGCCUGUCGUCCACGGAGACGUCGCAGUCGCAGUCGUCGCACGAGGAGUUCCGCGCGGAGGCGGCGGGCAGCGCCGCCGAGUCCCCGGUGCGCAAGACGGCGAGCCAGCGGCGCUCCUGGCAGGACCUCAUCGAGACGCCGCUCACCAGCUCGGGACUGCACUACCUGCAGACGCUGCCGCUGGAGGACUCCGUGUUCUCCGAGGUGGCCGUGGUGUCCCCCGAGCACCGGCGGCAGUCGACCCUGCCCACCCAGAAGUGCCACCUGCAAGACCACUACGGCCCCUUCCCGCUGGUGGAGGGCGAGCGGAUGCAGGCGCUGAACGGGACCGGGGGAAAGCCGCGGAGUUUCACCCUGCCCCGGGACAGCGGCUUCAACCACUGCUGCCAGAGCCUCUCGGUCGGUGCUGCCGACCACCACGAGGAAGCACAGCAGAAGGAGGUGGAGGAGGAGGAGGAAGAGGAAGGCAAAGCAGCAGAAGAAAACCAGGAAGAUAAAAGUCCACAAAGAUUCUCGAGUUCUCAAGCCCUAGCUUAUGGAAGUGUGUAAUGUCAGUGUGGUUGCAAAAUCACAUGAUCUCCUAGCUCUGUAUCUUAUCCUUCACCCAACAUUGCACAACGCUGGACUGUCAGCUAGGAGAACGAGAGGAGCCAGAUUGUGUUGUGCCACCUCUUUUUCUAGUUCACGCAUAAGUUGCCACCAGGAUAUUUUUCUGUGUUUGUAGCACGUUUGGUGGAUUUGGGGCACAUUCUUUGCUUCCAUUCUCCUCAUUCGUGUGACCCUUUCCCAGUGCUUCCAAAUGAGCUAAUGUGUCUUCAACAUGGAGAAAACCAACCAAGUUGGUUAGGAUGUGUAUUGUUCUCUUGUUUUAUUUGUGGGUUGUUUGGGGGUUUUUUAAUUGGUCUUUGUUCUGUUCUUUUUAAAAACAUAUCUACAAAAAGAAAAUAUAUAACUUUCUGCCCUAAAUACCUCUUUUGCAUCAGGGAUGGAUAUUUUAAUGGAGUGAGGUGUAAUAGCAGAACAGUGCCAUGUCUCUGUCCUCACGAGCAUAGCUGCAUGCAGAUUAGAAAGGCUCUGUAGUGCUGCUACUGUAUGCCAGAUUUGCUAUUUGCUCUUGUUUGCAUGAUAGUAUUUCUAAUUUACUAAUAUGAUAUGGAAAUAAUGGCACAUCACGGAUCUUUCAACAUAUUGUAUCACUGCUUUAUCAUAUUAGGCUAAUACACUGCGAGAGUUGAUAGCACCUCUCCAUGUCAAAUGGGAACCACAUCUCUUGGCACUGAACCGAUUGGACUCAAAGGUUGAUAAACUUAUCAUUAGAGAAUUGGCACGACGGAGACUCAACUUCAGCCUCUUGCAAGAAACCUAAUGGCCUCCGUUCAGAAAGUCAGUUCUUCUUGAAUAACUUUGAUGUUUAUAACAGAGAACAGACCUGUUAAAGCGUAGACAACCACAUGCCUGAAUAUGAGGCCUCCAGGAAGGUGUCAAAGGGCAUGGCCAGUCUUUUGAAGAAUGCACCCUUUCCACAAUGGGACUAGGCACAAAGUCAGAUCCAGUCUACAUGGAGCACAUUUGCAGAAAAUACUGCCCCCCGCACGGGAGAACGGAAGGGGAAGAGGGUCUUGGCAGGGGAAGGGCUUUGCUGUCACUCAGUUUUGUUCUGCACACCUCGAGGAAUUAAAGAGGGAUUCAGCCAUGGUAACUGUAAUUUCCCAUUGCUUGUACUGAACUCCAGUGAACCCAUUCAGGCCAACCAGACAGAGUCGUGUCAUUUAAGCGUGCUUCACAUUAGUGAAGGAAGUCUCCUUACUGUGUCAUGCUAAACUAAGUGUAUUCUGUCAAGUGGAGGUAUGUACAGGCCUUUCAGAGACUUCCAUUUACCCAGUGGUUUGUAAUGAAUUCCCAGAGGGUACGCUGGCACUCGUUUGGAUGAUGAUGGAGAAGAUACCUCACGCUGAGAUUUAUUAGACUCUGCAGUUAAACUCUUCGGUUCCUCUUUAUCUUCUAGGACUAAAACAUGUGAGUGAUGCUGCCUGGCCAAGCAGGCACAAAGUAUUCUCUGUGUAACACCCAGACUCCAGAGGGCUGUUUUGGGGCCAGUAUUUGUCUGGAUGUCACUCGAAGUAGAUUCAGAUAUUGUAUUUAUCAUUAUGUUCUGAGUUCCCUAUGGGUUGAUGUCUGCCUCUAUCUCUGUGAUUAGAAUGUGGAUUUUCCUUAAUAUAUUUGGCUAAGGGUGUAUUGUAAUAAUGUUAAUGCUAAUUACUUGAUAUUUCAUACUAUCUUAC